AUGGAGUUUGGUGUGCAUCUCUCAAAGUCAAUGGAAGAGCAUGAGGUUGAUGCAAGCGAAUACCAAAGAAAGAUAGGCUGCUUAAGAUACUUGAUGCAUACAAGACCUGACAUGGCGUUUAGUGUUGGUAUACUAAGUAGGUUUAUGCAGUCACCAAGAGAGUCUCAUGGGAAAGCGUUGAAGCAAGUUCUAAGGUAUCUGAAAGGCUCAUGUGAUCUCUGUUUGAAGUACAAGUAUGGAGGAUCUCAAGAAGUUAUAGGAUACAGCGAUAGCAGCCACAAUACUGAUCCAGACGAUGUAAGAAGCACAACUGGACAUCUGUUCUGUCUCGGUGACACACCAAUAUCUUGGUGCUCGCAGAAACAAGACGUGGUAGCUCUAUCCUCCUGUGAAGCCGAAUACAUGGCAGCGACAGAAGCCGCCAAACAAGCCAUCUGGCUUCAGGAACUAAUGAGUGAGAUCACAGGAAGAAGAGUUCAAAGAACAUUGAUACGCGUGGACAACAAGUCAGCUAUAGCACUAGCCAAGAAUCUAGUCUUCCACAAACGUAGCAAGCACAUUCACAAGCGGUUCCACUUCAUUAGAGAAUGUGUUGAAAGAGAACUCAUUGAUGUGGAACAUGUACUAGGAGCAGAGCAACGUGCAUAUAUAUUAACAAAGGCACUAGCAAGGAUCAAGUUCAAGGAGAUGAGGGAACUGAUCAAAGUUCAGAAACUAAGUGAAAAUGAUGUUAAGCUUAGAAGGGAGAAUGUUGAAUAA